GUCGGUGCCCGGUGCUUGGCGGCUGCAUCUUGUGCUAGAGGGCGGAGGGGCGAGCUGGCGACGCGAGGAGGGAGGCUGGCGGCGGAGUAAGCCGAGGCGGUAACGGGUGGCCCGGGCGGAGGCGCGGCGCUGCGGUGGGCGGGCUCGGUGAGGGCGACUUGGCGGUGGGCCGGCGGCGGAGGCGACACCGCGACGGCGAGCUUUGGUCAACGCAUGGUCCAGCGGUGGCAAGCGCGAGCCGUGAGCCGGCGAGGCGGCUACGUGCCUGCGUGCGGGCGUGCGGCCUACUGCCUACCGGCGACGGCGAUUGGGCGAGCCUGGGGUAGGCGUAGGCGAGCACGCCAAGCAGGCCACAGGCUACAGGCGGCCAGCAGCCAAGCACAGUGCCGGCGUGCUGCUGUCCUUUAUAUUUCUUAUCUCAAAAUGAAAAGGAGGAGAAGGCAUAUGGUUAAUUUGAAGGUCUUUUUGCAAAGAACCACUUCAAAGAAGACAACUCAAUGAAAAUCAAGAUGAUAUUCGAGGUGAAAAUCAAGGAAGAUGGAGGGAUUUUUACCGGUGGCCUUUGUCGAUUUUUAGUUGUCGGCGCGAGAGGAAGGCUGUGCAUGCCUGCAGGCCUCUGCCGCUUGGAAUUUCACCACGUGCAUUCUAUCCGUGUUUGUACUAACUUAUCACUCUGCUUUGGUAUUAAAUUGUGUUUUAAGGUUUUAUUUAUAUAAUGAUGGUUUUGACUGACCUCCGUGCCAACCAUCUCUACAAAUUCUCUGUUUAUUUUGGUAGAAAAAAUAUGCAAUGAAUAGAUCGAUAUAUCAGUAACAAAUAUACGUAGUAAUUAGGAGAUGAUACAAGAGAAAAUAACAUUAAUAACGUGCUAACGAAUAUUUUUAAUAAAAUCACAUUGCAACACAUAGACAAUAUAGACAAUAUGCUAGUUGUAAAAUAUAAUUUGAUCGCAGACAGCUAAACAAAUAACCUAUGGUACGAAGUCAUCCAUAAUGCACCGCAUACAGACGAAGUAAAAAGAUUACACAGAUAGCAUCCGUCGAAACAACUCUUCACGUUCUACGUGACUCCAGAGGCCUCGAGAGAGAGUACCCUCCCAUGUCCCAACUCCCAACAGUGCCUUAUCCGAAGAAGACAGCCAGACGCACCAUCCAGCAGCCUCUCGCGCGCAGCCGACACCCACCAUGGCUACAGCUGCUCCGCCGCUCCACCUCCACCUCGCCACCUCCGCCUGCUCCCCUCGCGCCGGGCUCCGCCGCGCCUCCGGCCUGCGCGUGGCGGCGGCGCUGCCGGCGCCGCGGGCGUACAGGGUGACGAUCGAGCACGGCGGCGAGUCGCGGGUGGUGGAGGUGGGGGAGGACGAGACCAUCCUGUCGCGCGCGCUCGACGAGGGCAUCGACGUGCCGCACGACUGCAAGCUCGGCGUGUGCAUGACCUGCCCCGCCCGCCUCGUCGCCGGCGAGGUGGACCAGAGCGACGGCAUGCUCAGCGACGACGUCGUCGCGCAGGGCUACGCGCUGCUCUGCGCCUCCUACCCGCGCUCCGACUGCACCAUCCGCGUCAUCCCCGAGGACGAGCUGCUCCAGGUCCAGCUCGCCACCGCCGACGACUGAGUCGUCCGCCGCCGGCGCCGGCGCGUCGUCUGCGGCCAUAGCUUGUACAACUUUUUUCACCCCAAACUGGUUUUUCGCGAGAUGUUGUGAUAAAAUGCUUAUCUGACUAGCUAGUUGUUUUCAAUUGUGUGAUAAUGUAGUACUGGUAUUUUGUUUUCGGUAGCAAUAGCCUGCAUACUAUUGUC